AUGCAGCACUCAAACAAAGACUUAGAAGCCGCUGGGCAUUACCGCCCGCUGACAGAAGAAAACAGCAAAAAAGAAAUUCAUGCGGAGGCCGAAGCAAUAAAUAAAAUCAAACAUCAAACACCUCCGCAACAGCGGAAACCAAUUCGCAGCACGAAGAAGAGAGCCGAUAUACAGGCUUCAAUUAGAGAGAGAGCGGAUAGACCAGUUCCAGCAGGAUGUGUCUGGGCAAUUUGCGUGGGGGCGGAAGUCCUGUUCCCAGAAUUGCUGAAGGCAGCGCGCCGCCCUGAAGUAAUUCGGCCGACGUUUCUCAGAAAUGGUAUGCAAGCACAAACCAGCAGCAAGAGUAUCUUUAAACAGCAGCAGCACGAUCAGCAGCAGCACGAUCAGCAGCAGCAGCAGCAGCUGAACUGCAACUCCAGCAACAGCAGCAGCAACAGCAGCAGCAGCAACAGCUCGAAGCAGCAGCACCAACAGCUCCAUUGGCAGCAAGAACAGCAACAGCAGCAGCAGCAGCAGCAAUAG